CUUAAUGCAAAUAGAACUACUGUUUAUAGCACAUUUCUUCAUUCAUCAAAUUCUUUCAUAUAAUUAACCAGAUUCAAAGUUCAAAUUCAUAUAUUCUACCUCAACUCCAAACUUUAGAAACUACUAACUCAGUUUGAAAUUAAUCAUGAGUUGUAGAGCUAUCAUUUUGAGUUGUCCAACGUUGACCGCUACCCAUUUCAAACCCAGAAGUCAAAACCAGCGUAGAGCUUCUUCCUCUUUGAACCUGGGUUCCAAUUUGGCUAUUUUAGCUGCCAGAAACUCCCUUUGUUUUUGGGGUUGUCAAAGCUUGAUUCAUAUCUCCCAAGGUGGAACUAAGAAGAGUUUUGCAGCUUGCAAUAGCGUCGAUCCAACCGGGGUUAAUCCUCUACCUUCAGGUCCCCCUUCCGGUUCAUCGUGGAAAUGGAUUUUGGGAAUGUUAGUAACGUUUGUUGUACCAUUCUUGACGACCAAGUUGGGGACAUUGUUGAAGAUUAAAAAUGAAGUUGAUGUCGCGGUGCAAACUGUAGAAAACAUAGUGGACGCCGUGGAGAAAGUUGCGGAAACGGUGGAAAAGGUGGCGGAAAACAUAGCCGAAGACCUUCCCGCCGGGGAUCUCAAAAACGCUGUGUUAAGAGUUGAACAUGUCGCCGAUCAGAUCGAUGACCAAACCGAAAUGAUCGGAGAUCUCAUCGACAAGGUUUGCCUACACAAACAACAUCCAUUUCAAAUUACCAAUUUCCUUAAUUUAAUCACUUCGUUUUUUUCUUGAUUGAUAGUAAAAUAAAUAGUCGUUAAGUGAAAAGCAAUGUUUAGUAGUAAAAUUUAAGGUUUGAUUAUUGUCGUGAUUGUUUGUUUGGUAGCGACAUGAGUAAGAAUUAACAUUAGGUUUGGUCACCUGCCCCAGCACAAAUAUGCGCCAUUGACGUAGGAAUUGCACAUUAGAUAACGUACUAUUAAACUUUAUUAUAGGUUGUGUCGGUUGUCUUUUAGAUUAAAUUUUUUGUGCUCGAUUAGUCUAAAAGCUAAUUAACUAGUAAUUAAUAAUAUAUUAUGCUCUUUUACGUUGGUUCUGGGCAGGUUCAAGAAGUUGAAGAUAAAGUUGAAUCAGCAAUUGAAGGAAAGGAGCAUUCUAAUGAAGAUAACAAAGCUGAAGGAAAUCAUUGAAGUUGGAACAUAUUUUAUUUUGUUUUAAAAUAUAAUUCUUUUACAAAUUAAUUCUUUUGACUGUGUUGUAACUUGUAAGCAAAUGGCAUAUUCUUUUGCAAAGUUCUGGCAAAGACUAAAUUACGCGCCAGUGGAAAUACAAAGUUAAAUAUUUAAUUCUUUGACGAUUAGAGUACUAAUCCUCUUUGACUGAAAGGGCUUAUUUAUAUAACCCCUUCAUUGUUCAGAUGACUUUAAUUUAUCGAAAUUCCAUUUGGCAUUCUGCGGUUAAUGCAAGGUGA